AUGGCAGCUGUACCUGAUACUGUCUUGGCGACUAUGUAUGGUCGUGGUAACUCAGGCGUGAUUGUCACCGGCCUGCACGGAGCUAUCUACAUUAUCGGAACCAUUGACAACUGUAUGUAUGCUGCAGAAAGCGGCACCAGGAAGGAUACUUUUAUUUGUGCCGUAUCCGUCCUCACUGAGGCGGCCGUGUUCGGCCGCGCCCUGGAGAACUACCGGGUGACGGGCUCGUUCACCAACAAGCGCGACGAGCUGGAGGGAGACUUCACACAUCUCGACCGCGACUUCAGCCAGCUGGGUGACGGGGCCUCGAUCUGGGACAUCUACUGCGAGGGGAUCCCGCGCAAUGCCACCCACCUGCCGCACACCCUGCAGAAGCGAUAG